GAUCACAUAAAGUCUAUGUUUCUAAUAAGAACCAACAAAAUAAAAGAAAUUAUAAAAGCGUCCGCCAUAUUUCCUCUCUCGCUACUGGCUCACCAUCAAACACCAAUUAUAUAUCUCUUGUAGAUUUUAUACAACUCUUCAAGAGAAGCUUUAUUCUAUUUAUGUUUAGUGAGUUAGGUUUUGAGUUAGGUUUUAUGUAAAAAUGAAAAGUAUGAUUAAGACGACGCUUGAACUCUUCAAGGGAGAUGGAGUGUACCGUACGGAUCAUCUCGACAGAAACCGACUGGUUAGUCUUAGUCGAUCAUACCGGCUAAGUAAUGGAUCAAACCGGGUUUCCAGAGCCGGUAUUAUCCAUUGCAAACGGUUAAGCAUAACGAAGACCGUGAAAACCGGAGAUGUAUACUUGGCUUAUCCCCUCAGUUAUGAAAACAAAACCGUUACGCAAUCGUGA